ACUUAACUAGCCAGAGAAAUCUGUUGCGUUUUGCACUGUGGCUGCCCACUGUCCCUUGUGGCGCAGGUUUGAGCCCCCCUAAGAGGAGAGACAUGAGGCGGAGGACAAGAGCGGCCACCGCAGGAAGUGACAGCAGGAUCCCCUGAGCUCAAAAACAAAGGAUAACCACCACCGAUUAACGCGGGUACAAGGAGACGUGAGCCCAGGGGAAUAUCCACCAUGCUGACACCAUGGAGAUUGUUCCUCUGCCAGAUGGCACUGAAUGUAUUCUAUCACAUCGCGAAAGCCAGUUUAUGCCUUGGUGGUCAAGACAUAUUUGCCACGGUCCGAGAGAACAGUCCCACUGGAGAGAUCAUAGCCAACAUCAGUAUCAACGGAGACCCUGGAGCAAGCAUACGCCUGUGUCUCACUGGAGAAAACGCGGACUGGUUUUACCUUGACGGCCGAACAAUCCGACUCAACUCGUCGUUUUCAAGGUCCUUAGAUCGAGAGGUCCUGGGAUCAGUUUUGAUCGCUGCUUUGACAUGUUAUGAAGAUAAUGUAAUAAGGGUAUGGUAUAAAAACAUAAUAACCAAAAUAACGAUAUUUCAUAAUGGAGCACUUUUAGCCCUGAGUUUCUUAUUUCAGAGUCGAUAUCGAAUUAUGGUGGAAAUACUGAAUGAAAAUGACAACAUGCCAUAUUUCCUUGAAGACACCAUUCAGCCACGAUAUAUAAGUGAGUUGCUGAGCGUAAACUCAAUGGUGUUCACAGUAAAAGCUAGAGACGGCGAUGGAGACACAAUCACUUAUAUGACCGACAAAUCUACAGAUGAUGCCUGCUAUUUUAGGAUUGAUCUGCCCAACAGCGGGAUGGUGAUCCUGGAUAAACCUUUGGACUAUGAGACUAAAACCCAGCUGCAGGUGGUCAUAUUUGCUGUGGAAACGACCACAAAAGAAAAGUACAGCACAACAGCUACAGUCACUGUGAACGUUGUAGACGGUGAUGACCAGUAUCCUCAGUUUCAGCCGUGUGCACCUGUUUAUGAGGACGGAGAUCAUAAUAUCUGCACCAACCCUGUGUACAGUGUUAACAUCACAGAGACAGAUGAGGAUGCUGUGCUCUAUUUUUCUCCGGGGCCCAUUCGUGCUGAAGAUGGAGACAAAGACAUACUGACUCCUCUGGUCUACAGUAUUCUGUCAGGUGAUGACAAAGGCAGAUUUACAAUCGACUCUAAAACAGGAGAGAUCUCUCUCAGGCAGCGUGUUGAAAACAGACUCCUCACGCCUUCAUUCAAGCUCCGCAUAAUGGCUGCUCAGGUGAACGACCCAAAGAAAUAUUCGGUGGCGACGGCACUGGUGCAUGUGGUGUCAGAGAACCGGUUUCCUCCAUUCUUCAACAAAACCGUCUACAAAGGGUUCCUCAUUGAGAGCUCCAGCCCUGCCACGCUGGUCACUACCUACGGGAACCAAGUCCUGGUCGUCCAGGCAAUCGACAGGGACUUCAGAGAUGGAAUAAAUCCAAAGAUCCAUUACACAAUGCAGCCCCUGACGGGUAGCAAUAAACUUUACCACAUAACCCAGGAUGGCAUUGUGAUUGCAAAGACGGACCAACUCAGAGCGUUCAACCGACACAUUCUGGAGGUGAUUGCAACAGAUGAAGAGUCAGGUGAGACAGCCCAUGCUUCAGUGGAUAUUGAAGUGCUGCAGAGGGGACAGCCAGUUCCCAGAAGUCCAUUUGGUGAGGAACGUCUGUUUGGAGAUAUGCACGCAGGGAUGGCCGGCGGCAUCGCUGCCCUUGUUCUAAUAGUGGCAGUGAUAGUACUAUUUCUCAUCCUCUGGCUGGCCAAGAGACGACGAGAGAGACGGGAUCCAGCGGACAGGGGCGCAGUAGCUCUUGGGAAACACCCAAAUGUGGAGGCAUCAUCACCCAUCUCGCUUCGCAAUGUGUCGUAGGACUAAAGCAGCAGCAUCACAAUCAUAUUUGAGAAUACUCUAUUUCUAGACGCACAUGCAGUCAAGAUAUCUGUGCCGGGACCAAGAACAUUGUGAGAGACACAUGGAGGAGAACAUACAAAUCUUUGUAAACAGCUGUUUUUUUUUGGCAUUUUGAGUAAUUCUGGCAUGUUUGGGUUUUGUGUGGAAGGAUACAGGGGAAUACAGUCCCAUGAACCCCGGUCGUGGCAGCUUAUAUGUUGAAAUAUGUAUGAAUCUUUGGAUCUUUGUGAAAAACAUAUUCAUUUAAAUCUCACUAUACUGUAUACUGUUAAAAAAAGAACUUUUAAAAAAGAAUGAUUUAAAAAAAAAAAUAUUUUGAGAGAAGUCUUAUGCUCAACAAGACUGCAAGGCUAAAAACAGUAAUGUAGUGCAAUAUUACUGUUUUAUAUUUUAUUAUAUUUCUAUUUUAUUAUAAAAUGUCAUUUAUUGCUGUGAUGGCAAAGCUGACGUUUCAGCAGCCAGCAGUCCAGUGGCUCCAUGAUCCUUCAGAAAGAAUUAUAAUGUGCUUAAGAAACAUUUCUUCUUAUUAUCCAUUUGAAAACGUUUUGAUUAAUAUUUUUGUUGAUUAUUAUUAUUAUUAUUUUGUAUUUAUUAUUAUUAUUAUUAUUAUCAUCAAUUUUCAAAACAGUUGUGUUGCUUAAUAUUUUUGUGGAUUUUUUUUUAAAGAUUUCAAGAUAUCUUAAAUGUCAUUUUUAAUGUUUGUUUUUUUCCUCUAAAAGUAAAUGCAGCCAUAUCUUAAAUGAUAAUACCAUGUAUCACAGUGCUUGAUAGCAUAUAUUAAAUGUUUCUGGUCACUUGUCAUUAGGAGGCUGUGAUGCAACGAAGCAACAGAAAACUAUUUUAACCAAAAAAAAAAAAAAAAAAACAUAGAGCAGAAAUUUAUACAGUUACUAAAACCUGUAAAUGUUGGGUUCACCAAAAAGAAUAACGCCCUUUUGUUGUUCCAAUGCAGUAUGACUUGCUUUUUUCUGAGCAAUAUUCAUGCUGCUCUCGUCCAUACAAUGACAGUGGGUCAGAAGCACCUAAUUAUGCACCAUAUUCCAAGUCCUCUGAAGCCAUAUUAUGGUUCUCCGUGUUAAACAAAACUAGGCUAUUUGAAAUGUGCUAUUUGGUGAACAUCUCAAGAACAGAAUUACUAUUAUAUCUGGGGUUUGUGCUGUCUUAUGAAGUGUGAUCACAAGAGGACGCCAUUAGACCAUUUUCCUUCUGUUACAGCUGUUUGUUUUUUUUCCUCUGUUUUUAUUUUGUAUUUUUUAUUUAACAUGACGAAUGUCCGGUAACGUUUACUGAACGUGUGUGGCUAGAAGGGAUACAGCUACGGCCGGAAAAUAACAAUAAAGAACAUUCGCCACCUAUCACAUUCUGUUUUAUUAUCGUCUACACAUACCCCAUCCCUAAACCGACCUCUUACAAUAAUCCAAAUACAGUAGAUGUUGUUCAGCUUGACAAAAACGAGGCAAUUGAUGUGCGCAUGCCCAGUAAGCUCCGGUGGCUGUGGCUGUAUUCCUUCUAGCUUCAACUAACAGCACACCUGCAUGCCUAGGCUACUUCAAACCCCUGAAAAGUAAGUUCUUUAAAAGAACAACAAUUGUAGUAAAAUACUCUACUACUUGCUAAAUAUAAUUCAAAUAGGUGAAAAGGAAUUUGAAAUUUGUGGCCUUCUAAAAGUUUUUGUCAACGUUUAGGUCCACACACAGCUAGCCUAUAAAACAGAUGAUAACAAACGGAUGGAAAACUGAGAUCUUAUAGGCGUCUCUCAGAUGUUUGUACACAGCAGACGAUGUAACGAUCUUUAACAGACAUCUUGCAGAUGUACUUGUGCUACAAGUCCACUUUUUAUUUUAUAAUGUCUUUGGUGGUUUCGAAAUUUAUGUAUUGACAUUUAAUAAACACAAAAAACAUUGCAAAA